CGGACUUGCCAGCCUUAUGAUUAUCGACGGGCUCAUCACGGCCCAAUAACCAUUGAUAAUUCGAUUUCUUCAACUCUUUUUUUCCGACCUUACUUGCUUGACCAGAGGCGAUUUGCACUUCUCAUCGCGAUAACUCGAGUACUACGCCGUCGAGCUCGCCAUAUUCGACCUCAACUUUUCUCUGUCUAUUGAAGGUUUUCUCCCAUCUUCGUCAGAGCUCCCAGCACCGCUACGAGAUCAGAUUCCAAGAUCUUCAUAUUCGCACCGUUGGAGGACUCGGCAUCGGAAUCUCUGUUCGUGUGAAAUUCAAGUCGCUGCUGCGGGGGUGCAUCUUCUCAUCAUUAUCUGGAGUUAGUCAACUUCAACAGUUGUUGACAAGGGGCUAAAUUAUUCUUUCGGGAGAUCAAUUAAUCAAAAAAAGAAGCAGCGCAGCUCGUUAGUUUUGAAGGAAGCGGCUCUUAUUUUGUGGCGGCCAAGUUUCUAAGGGAAGGCGACAGAUUGAAGAGAAGGCUCGGUCCAGGGCCAUUGACACUCGAUUUCUUGUUCAACGCCGCUUUCACAGAUUGAAGAGAAUGCUCGGCGGCGAAGCGUCGUUAUGCUUGGAGGAGGUAGAUGUUUGCCCCAUCUAAGUCUGCGAAUUGUAGCUGAAAUGUUUCUUCAUAGGUGUAUAUGCUUAGCUCCCUGUUUUGGGAUUUGUUUGCUAUCUCUUCCCAUGUUCAAUUACAAGGGGAAUUCUAUUUAUUUUAGUUCAAUUGCAGAGUCAUCAGGCGCAUCCGGCUACUGGAUUGUUAAUGCAAAUGGCAGCCUUAAUAAGCAGCUAUCUGCGGUAUGUUGUUAAGCUUUGUUAUUUGAUUUAAGUUUCCAAUAUAGGGAUGCUCUGUAUUUUCUUUCGGUUCCCUUAGAAGGAUAUUGACCCUGACGUUCCAUGUUUACUAAAAAAGCUCAGGUUCCAUUGUGUAGGCAAUUUGUUUAUGCAUGUGCAGCCUUCAGAUACCUCAUUCAUUUGCUUAUAAUUAGGUUGUUCUGGAUGCUUGCUAUUUUUGGGAUAGAUCUGCAACGCAGUUGCUGUAGCUGGACUUCUAAAUGCAGCAUUGCUCGUACUCUGUUUCUCCAACUAGAAUUGCUCGUAUUCUGUUCCGCUUCCAGCUGGAUUCUCCGGAGAACAACUGCGACAAGAGACGAAGGAGAGACAAGAAAUCAUCAGGUACAGUUCUGCAGAAACAUUUUCUGGAAUCAAAUCAAAUUCUGCAUAUGUAGGUUAAGGAAUUAAUUUCCCCAGCCAACUUGACUUGCUCCGAGUCUUGUAUUGUUUCAGCAAAGUCGUCUACUACAAAAAAAAUCUUGUCAAACUCGGCCUAUUGAGUUUUUUUGUGUGUGUUUAUGUGGUCAAAACCGAAGAGAAGAAAGAACACUCCAAUAACCAAUUCCUUCACGUAACUGUAUAAAUAAUUGCAGUGAAACACCAGCUCAGCAAGAUACAUCCCAUUCAUCGUCUCUCCAGGCCUGCCUACACAGAAUAGAAAUCAAUGCACAAGCUUAAAAGGUCUGAUCAAUGCUGGAGGGGUGAAUGAGUCAACUUCCGCUCCUCUCGACUCUCGAUUACUCUAUCGUUGCUAGCUCCCUAAUUUAUGUAUUGAGAUUCUAGAACAAGGUACUUCCUAGUGACCUUCUUAACUGGUUAGUAACUUUUACAUUCGAUGGUCUUUUAUGGCUUUUGCUUUUGUAAAUGAUCUAAAAUGUAGGAUAAAAUACUUAGGUGCUGAAUUCUGGUUUGGGUGCAACUUUUUGGUAACUAUAUGACAGGCUAGAGAUUAGAGAUUGCAAGACAAGAAACUACUGAUUGAGGAUUCUUCAGAAAUCCAUCAACCAAACCCAUCACCCUUCUGCUUGAUGAAUUUGAGUGCGAUAAAUCUUAGACGGGUAAGGUUCAUAUUUGCCAGCUCUCACUUGAUAAAUUAUACCUCUGUUUUCUGUUUGAUUCUUCCAGUGGAAUCUGAUUCAUUUUAGUUCAGUGUAAGGCCUGAUUGAGCUUUUCUAUCUAAGUCCAGUACAUAGUUCAGUUUUACAGUCUUCCCAUAUCAAUUUAGUCACAAUUGGUGUGACUCCUGAAUUCCAGACCCAAUAUGCAUCUCAUCGGACACAACUUCACUGCUCACGGGUACUUUCUUAGUACUAGGAUUACACAUCCUAUAUGUUUUAGGCUCAAUCAACACAAACAUUCCUCCUUUAUCUUUUUUUUUUUCUAGAAGACCCUAAUAAAGCUUUCCAUCGAAAGAGAUCAGUCGCCAUCUGCCUGAAAGGCUACAAUAUCCGCCACCAUAGAAGGGGUACAGUCAUUCCAGACAGAUUCACAAGAACUAGCAGUAACAUUAAAGCGGGCAAGGGGUAUGUGCCACCUUGUUCGUUUCCCUAUGGACAAAGUUCCGUCUCCUUACAUCAGCCUGCACACUCAGCUUUGAUAUUCUUGCAGACGUUCCAAGAUUCUGUUGUGCAUUCAGAAAUCCCUUCAGCAAGUAAACCAUUCUUUUGCAGUAUGUCUUUACUAUGAGAGAGCCAAUGCCCUUCUUAGUUGCCUUACUCGGUCCAAUAGAAUAGCUCUUCCUUCUGUCACUUCUGGAAUUUCACAUCUUCCCCUCUAUUCGUGUUGCAGCGAAGACCACUUUUACCAACCAGUUCCUUUUAACACAGUUCAGGCCUGAACCUCCUCUUCUGCUACCCACUUUUACCAACCAAUUCCUUUUACACAGUUCAGUCCCGAACCUCCUCUUCUGCUAUCUCAUGCAUCUGUAUUGAGCUUAAAAACUCCCAUAGAAGGUUUCCCCCAUUUACUUUCUCUACUGUUUUCUCUGCUCCUUGGUGUCUGAUCCUUCCCCUGAACUUUCAGAAAGUCCUGAAUGUAUCUUUCAGCUUUUGGAAACACCUCCCUUUCAUGAAGAAAUUUGUUAUUGAAAAGGAAAUUAUCCCUUUCUUCCAGCAUAACUCAUUACUCGACCGACCCUUCAUCCCUCCACUACCUUCUUCAUAUUCUCUGUGCAGUUUCAUAAAAUAUCCUGAUUGACGGUGAACUUACCACUCACAUUUCGUGCCCAGCAAAUAAUAUAAGUUUCUAGAAAAUCUGAGAGCGAAUGACAAGAAUUGCUUGCUGUUCUUCUUUUGUAAAUACCAGUUCCAGUAAGUCUCUUCUCCAAACUCUUGCUUGGCUUUAUGUUAACUACUUAUGCAAGCUGGUAGAAGAAACUAAUUGUGACUUGAAUUUGUUAUCUGAAAAUAUGGGCAGUCAUUGUAUGGGCAUGUAUGUUGUUGCAUUUUUGCUUGUUUUUGCCUCUGAGCCUAUAACUGAUGAGUAUUUUGGGAUGGUGGGAUUCUAGUUAGCUAGGAUGACAGUUUCUAUUCUUUACUCCAAAUUGCAUCUAAAGCAAAAUGCCUUCAGAUCUAGUUAGUCUACUAAAUAUAUGCAUCCACUAAAGUCGAGUUGAGCACAUUCUUUGAGUAUUGGGAAUCUGACCAGCUCAAGUUCAUUUAGAAAGUAGAAAUGAUCACUCAGUGUAAAGCUCAUUUUGAUGGGUAACAUAGGUUCAUACUACUUGGUUCCUUGCAUUUGUACAACUGUACUUAUCGAUUUGGCUCUAAAACAAAACUAUUGUGUGUUUUCUUUUGGGCGGGGCCAAGAGUGAAGGCUGGUUCUAAAUCUAAGAGGUGGAUGAAAUGUUGGGAGCAUACUGGGCAUAUGCUUGCAGUGCAUACUGUGCCUGAGUUAGCUAUGACGAGAAAAUCUAUCUAAAAUAUCUUGCUGAGGUGCAACAGUAUCUUCCCAAGGUGAUCCAAUGGCAAGGUGAGCCAGUGAUCACCCUUCAGUUGCAUGAUUUUUGUUUAAUCUUGGCAUUUAUCCAGGUGUUAGCCAUUUUUCUUGGAAUAUUUGUGUGUUCAUUAAGUUUGUAGUGAGUACAAAUUAUUUGCCUCCAACCAUAUGUAUUAGGGCGCUGACCUAGGGUCCUGAAUGAUCUUUCUUGAAGUCCAAUGAUAUCUCUAAGUAUGUUUUUGUAGUCGAACGUUUGCUUAUCGGACGAGGUAUAUUGAGGCCUUUGUUGUUAGGUGCCAACAUGGCUAAUGGAUCGUUCCAUCUUUGUAACUGCAUGCUUUCCUCAAGCCUCUCUCACUGAGUUAAUCUAUGAGAAAUAUAGUCUACAUAUGGUUAGAGGUUUUGUCCAUAGUUCUCAUCUAAACAACUUAGAAAUUGUAUAUUGUUGAGUCUCCUAAUACUUAUUGAGUUUUGAGUGUGAGCUUACAAUCCUAUUCAACAUAAUCUCCACUAUUUCAAUUAAGCAUAAAAUGAUAACUAAAUACUCAUUCCAAAUUGAAAUCAAAUGAGUAAAAUACUAUUAUAUGGUUUGAUUUUCUUUAAGGUUGCCAGUUAUUCUGUAACUUCCAAAUCUUGAUAAGUGCAAACCUUUUUCGACAGGUUUCUCAAUACUUCAGAGGCACUUUUGAAGUUCAGGAAGCUCCUUCUCAUAGAAUUGACCACAUAGUUUUAUUAGGUAGCUCCAUUUUUUUGUUUAGGAAUUAGUUAGCUCCAUUUAGUCACUCUGGAACAAGGACAAAAUUCUUGAUGGAACUGGUCAGAGACAGAACGUUGAUCUGGUUUGAGGAAGGAUAUUGGAAGAGGACGAGAGGAGAAAGAAGUUUCGAUGAUACUUCGGGUAGCAUUACAAUUUAUAAUAAUACAAUAUCGACAAUUAUCAAUAAAUUGUCUUUACUUGUUGGAGUGCUUGUAUAGUGUUGCUUCUCAUUAAUUGUAUCCUCGUUAUAUUAAAAUGGGCCAAUAUGUAGGUAUAAUAAAAUGUCUUCACAAGCAUCAAAUAUAUAGUAUAAUAAAAUUGUUUAAAUAAU